AUAUUUCAAUGUUAUGAUAUCAUUACCCAAAAUACAGUAAUUUCGCGAACCUAUAUAAUGGCGAAAAAGCAAUUAUUUUUAUUAAUUAUCAUUCAAAAAGCUAUCGUACAACGACAAAGCACACACCAAGUCAAUUGGGAAACCCAAAAUGAAAUAUGCAUUAUGUAUACUACUGGCAUGCGCCAUUUUCGAUGUGAUGAGCGCAACUCUUCAAAAGGUGAACAUUUGCAAUGGCGUCAGCGAUCGUGUAUUCUUGCCGUAUCUCGGUGAUUGUUCCAAAUACCAUGUCUGCAUGGGCGGCCGUCCUAUCGACCGUCAAUGUGAACCCGGCUUCUAUUUCGAUGCCAAGAACCAAAGCUGUACUUUUCAAAAUGCGGCAAAAUGCUUGCCGACCUGCACCAAUGCGCUAUCGUCCUUCUGCUAUGAUCGCACUUGCAAUAAAUAUGUACUCUGCUAUGCUGGCGUGCCAAUACUACGCGAAUGUCGCGAUGGCUUGCAAUAUAAUGCGCUGACAGAUCGUUGUGAUUUUUCACAUAAUGUCGAUUGUGUGGAUAAUAUGUGUACAUUAUUCAAUGAUCCGAAAGAUAUUACAUUCAUCGAGAGCAAAGCAUCGUGUGAAAAGUACUACAUUUGUAUGGAUGGCAACGCUAUUCCACAGACUUGUUCGAACGGGCUGCAUUUCAAUAAGGAAUGUAAUUGUUGUGAUUUCAAGGAGAACGUCAGUUGUAAUAUUACUGUUUCAACACGCAACAUCCUCUCCUAUGCGAAGGUGCCACCCAAGCGCGCCGAUAUUGCCUGCCCAGCUGAGGGUGCCAAUUUUAUUGCACAUCCGGAUCCCGCUAAAUACUAUUACUGCUUGAAUGGCAUGGGUGUUGUGCUUGAGUGUACACCGGGGCUAUUCUACGAUGCUGCGUAUGAAGAGUGUCGUGCACCAGAAAACAUUUCACGAAAAUCUUAAAAAUAUGUAUUUAAACAUCACGUAAAUUAAAAAAAAAAAUUGAAUUUAAAAUUCACGAAAAUUUUAAAAAUAUUAAUGUCAAAAUCACGAAAAUCUUAAAAAUGUGAAUUUCGAAAUCACGGAAUUUUUAAAAAUAUUAAUUUCGAAAUCACGAAAUUUUUAAAAAUAUGUAUUUCAAAAUCACCAAAUUUAAAAAAUA